AUGGAGGUUUGCUCGAAAGGAUUAGGAUUUUGGACGUACCAGGUUACCCAGGAAGUUGUUUACCAGGAAUAUCUAGCGAAAUCCUUGACUGAAAGAAGUAAUACACUGAGUGGGCAAUUAGACAAGAUAAUCAGAGAUGCAAACUCAGAGAUAGCGAGUCUAAGGGAUAAAAUUGCUGCUAUGACAAUCGCCGAGGAGGAGCUCAGGAGGAAGAACCACGAAUUGAUGGAAGGCUGGCGUGAGAAAGGACGGAAAUUGGCGCAAACUCAAGAGCUAUAUGAUAAGCUAAAACGACGGACUCUCAUAUCACAAGUUCGAAAUGCCGCAUCUGAAAAUGUCAACCAGGCCAUCCUCAUGUCCGCCCAACAAAGCGCGUCCACACACCAUCCACCUCAUUUGCAGGACCUGGCAGCCGCGCACCAUACCCAACAAAGACCGCAGAAUAGAAGACAACGUCAUGACGGGCAACCGGACUUCAUUAUGACUGGCGCUCGCAUUGGAAAUGUCAGUGGAGGCAUGCAGCCGAGAAGUGCAGAAAGUAGUGUUUGCAGUGACCAAGGUGGUGGAAUCAGUAUGGCGCCACCCCUGCGGCAGACCCAAAGAUAUAAGGCUAGCAGAAGAAAUGAGGGCGGGGGUUUCAAUGAGCCGGAAGGUACUCCAAUGAGGAGUCAGGAGCAUCGCCAACGUCUAAUGCCGACCUUAGGCAUGAGCAGUCAGGUAGUAAAUGGCUAUCAAGGCGACAAUCUCUCAACUGCGCUAAGAAGAUCGAAACGACCCCCUCUCGAUGGAAUCAGUGGAAACAUGCGUGCAGGAGGAGAUCUUCGCUUUGGGAGUAAUCUUGGUUUAAAGGGCAAUCUGCAGGUGAGGGGGGAAUAUUAA